AAUCCUAUGCCCCACUUUUCUCCCUCAGGUACACCAGCCUAGUCAAGAGUCACAGUUGCAACCACCAUAACUCAGAGCUAAAAAUCUCAUAACACCAUAUAUAACAAAAUCUCUCAACAGUCUCAUCUUCCUCUUCAAAAUCGUCCUCCACAUAUUCCUGUCCUUGACCAUUUUCGCCUUCUGCACCACCACAAGGCUAAGACCAUGGAAGAGGUCUGGAAAGACAUCAAUCUUGCUUCUCUCCAUGAUCACCCUUCUGGCGAUCAAGACCUCGCUGUCACUCCUAGACUCCAUAAUCCUUAUCACAACCCUAACUUUAUUCUUCAAGACUUCUUUGCUAGACCCUUUCGCAAAGAUCCACCGACAAGAAGAGUCUCUGCCCAUGCUCAAGGAGACCCUGCUCUAUAUGACUCUCCUGUGCCACCUCAUGCCACUGUUCUCAGAUUAAACUCAGGUCCUGGGUUCGAUUUUCUUGACAACUCUGAUCCACUUAGGCCUACCCAUCCUGUUUCAAAUGUUUCCUCUUUGAACGGUCCUUUUGAGGCUUUGCACUCAUCUUCGGGCAUGCCUUCUUUUGGCAAGAAAAGGGUUCAAGAAUCUGAUAAUAGUUCCUGUGAUCGCCGGCAUAAGCGUAUGAUCAAGAACCGAGAAUCAGCAGCUCGAUCGAGAGCUAGAAAGCAGGCUUAUACUAGUGAGCUAGAGCAAGAAAUAGCACAUCUACAGGCAGAAAAUGCUAGACUCAAGAGACAGCAAGAGGAGUCAUGCUUAGCUGCAGCCGCUCAAACUCCCAAAAAGCACACACUCCAUCGAACGUCAACGGCUCCAUUUUGAGUAGUGUUACUCCUUUAAUUUUACCUAAUCCGUCUCUCUUGCCUUAGCACAGUUUCCUUCCUUUUGGGGUGAGAGAGAGGAAAAGAAAGAUAUAUUUUAUGGAUCUUUGUUUAUGAAUGUUUUUGUGAUGAAAGGGAUGGAUGUAAGCAAUUGUAGCAAAAUGUUCCUAUUUCAAAGAGAGAAGAUGGUUCUUUGCAUCAUCCUUAACAGGCAGGAACAUUAUGGUGGGCCUUUGCUUGCCAUUUUGUUAUCUUCCUUUUGUACGAAUCAUGACCGUUUGCAAAGAGAAAAGGGAAAUGGGUUUUUGGGGAGGGUAAAUUGGGUAGAAGGAAAAUAGAGGGAGAGAGUGAAGAGACCAAUUCCAUGAAGAUGCAUAGUAAAGUAGAGAUGGGACAUUUGGUUCCUUAUAAACUGGCCAUCACUUUCAAAGGAAGGACUCCUUAUCUCUUCUUUUUAUCGUUUUAUCCUCAAAGGUCUGCUUUCAGCUUUUCUUUUCCUUUAUUAUUACACACACAUGCACAUACCCUUUUAUCACACUCAUUGCUGCUGGUGGCUUCUCUCAUUCGCUUCCAAACGAUUCAAAAGUUGCAGAGAUAACGUCAUCUUUGAUUCAAUCCCAGUCUUACUGCAAAUAUUAAUUGCUUCUCUGUUGUAUUCCCCAUUGCCCCAUUGGGUAAUAACUAUGUGAUUGUUUUUGGAGUU